CCCGCCCCUCCGUCGCUCGCGCGCCUCUGCCCCUCAAGGCGCUGGCGCAGAGAUGGCGGAGGCGGUGGAGCGCACUGACGAGCUCGUCCGCGAGUACUUGCUCUUUCGCGGCUUCACGCACACACUGCGGCAGCUGGACGCCGAGAUCAAGGCGGACAAGGAGAAGGGGUUUCGGGUGGACAAGAUUGUGGACCAGCUGCAGCAGUUAAUGCAGGUGUAUGACCUGGCUGCCCUUCGAGAUUAUUGGAACUACCUGGAGCGUAGGCUCUUCAGCCGCUUGGAAGAUAUGUAUAGACCCACUAUCAACAAGUUGAAAACCAGUCUUUUCCGCUUUUAUCUCGUCUACACAAUCCAGACAAACAGAAAUGACAAGGCUCAGGAAUUCUUUGCAAAGCAGGCCCCGGAGCUCCAGAACCAGGCUGAGUGGAAGGAUUGGUUUGCCCUGCCCUUCCUGCCAUCCCCAGACACCAACCCCACCUUCGCUACCUACUUUUCUCGCCAGUGGGCCGACACCUUCAUCCUCUCCCUGCACAACUUCCUGAGCGUCCUGUUCCAGUGCAUGCCAGUUCCCGUGAUCCUGAACUUUGAUGCGGAGUGCCAAAGGACCAACCAGGUUCAAGAAGAAAAUGAAGUUCUGCGCCAGAAGCUGUUCGCACUGCAAGCCGAAAUCCACCGACUGAAGAAAGAGGAGCCACAGCCAGAAGAGGAGGAGGCCCUGGUCCAACACAAAUUGCCUCCUUACGUCUCCAACAUGGACCGCCUGGGGGACUCGGAACUAGCCAUGGUAUGCAGCCAGAGGAACGCAUCCCUCUCUCAGUCACCACGUGUGGGCUUCCUGUCCUCCCUGCUGCCUCAGAGUAAGAAGAGCCCGUCAAGGUUGUCACCUGCCCAGGGCCCCCCUCAAGCUCAAAGCUUGGCCAAGAAAGAACCCUUUGGCGGCCAGGCCACCAAGGGCAGGGAGCCAGCGAGCGCACCCAAGGAUGGGAAGAGCCCCUUCAGCGGGCUGGCCGCUGGGGAGUCCGGCUGGUCUCAGCACCGGCAGCGGCGCCUGCAGGACCACGGCAAGGAGCGGAAGGAGCUCCUCUCCAUGACGUUGCAGUGUGCGGAGAAGAAGCCUGAAGCUGGUGGCCCCGAAGUAGAGCCCUGCCGGAAGCCCCACAUGGAGGCGCUGGAGUCGCUGACUCGGUCCCACGGCAGGCCCCCGAGGGUGGGGGUUGUCCGACCCGAGCAGCCGUUUCAUCGUGCUGGGGCAGGGAAGGAGUACGGGGAGCACCACUCCUCCAUCAUGCACUGCAGAGUGGACUGCUCCGGGAGGAGGGUCGCCAGCUUGGAUGUCGACGGGGUCAUUAAAGUGUGGUCCUUCAACCCCAUCAUGCAGACCAAGGCAUCUUCCAUUUCCAAGUCGCCGCUGCUUUCUUUAGAGUGGGCCACCAAGCGGGACAGUGCUGCGCACGCUGUCCUUUGCUCCUGCCCCUUGUCAUUCCAGCUCCUGCUGGGCAGCGGGAUGGGCACGGUGCGCCUCUAUGACACGGCCAAGAAGAACCUCUGUGUGAUCAACAUCAAUGACGACAUGCCCCGGAUCCUGUCUCUCGCAUGUAGCCCCAGCGGGGCCUCUUUCGUCUGUUCAGCUGCAGCUCCGAGCCUCACCGCCCAGAUGGACUUGUCAGCCCCAGACAUCGGCAGCAAGGGCACUAAUCAGGUUCCUGAGCUGCUGCUGUGGGACACGAAAACCAUGAAGCAGCAGCUCCAGUUCUCCCUGGAUCCGGAGCCCAUUGCCAUCAACUGCACAGCCUUCAAUCACAAUGGAAACCUGCUGGUCACGGGGGCGGCCGACGGCGUCAUCCGGCUGUUCGAUAUGCAGCAGCACGAGUGCGCUAUGAGCUGGAAGGCCCACUGCGGGGAGGUGUACUCCGUGGAGUUCAGCUACGACGAGAACACCGUCUACAGCAUCGGCGAGGACGGGAAGUUCAUCCAGUGGAACAUCCACAAGAGCGGCCUGAAGGUGUCUGAGUACAGCCUCCCCGCCGACGCCACGGGCCCCUUUGUGCUGUCCGGGUACAGCGGCUACAAGCAGGUUCAGGUCCCCCGGGGGCGACUCUUCGCUUUUGACUCGGAAGGAAAUUACAUGCUGACGUGUUCUGCCACGGGAGGCGUCAUCUACAAGCUGAGCGGGGAUGAGAAGGUUCUGGAGAGCUGUUUGAGCCUGGGUGGCCACCGGAGCCCCUGUGGUCACCGUGGACUGAGCACGGCCAUGGACUGCGACUGCCUCACAGCCUCCAUGGACGGCAAGAUCAAGCUGACCACCCUCUGGCCCAUAAAGUUCUGA